CAUGAAGUAAAUCCUUGUAAUAAGUCUUGUUGUUGUAUUGUCAUAUUAGACAGUAGAAUAUAAUACAUAUGACGAAGCAUUUGCAAAACACUUAUUUUAUUUAGCAUCAGCAAGUUAUUGUAGUGAGUCACAUAUAAGAAGUUGGACUUGUGGGAAACCUUGUAAAGAAUUGAAACCCAUCACUGAUAUUUCAUUCUUCAUAAAUGCAACAAAUGAGAAUGCAGGAUAUGGAGCAUAUCAUCCUGAAACUGAUGAAAUUUACAUAGUUUUAAGAGGAACUUUACCAUGGAGUUUAACUAAUUGGAUAGAAGACAUUGAUUUUUUAAAGACAGACUACCCUUAUUGUCCAAAUAAUUGUUAAGUUCAUAGGUAUAAAAAUAAAAUAAUUAUAGAGGUUUCUAUUAUUCUUUUUUGGGAAUAUAAGAUUAAAUAUUGAAUUGUUUGAAAAGUUUAACAAAGAAGUAUCCAUUAGCAAAGAUAACAAUUACUGGGCAUAGUUUAGGAGGAGCACUCGCUUAUCAUGCUUUAGUAUAUUUAACAACAGUAUAAUAAUCAAUAUAGAUAUUUUUAGAGAGGAUUUACAAUAAGUAAGUUUUAUACUUUUGGAUCUCCAAGAGUAGGAGAUAAGAACUUUUUUACUUAUGUUAAUUAACAACUGUAUCCAGGAGCAAAAUUUAGAAUUACACAUAAUCAUGAUCCAGUUCCACAUCUUCCAGCUUUGAUUUAAGGAUUCAAUCAUGUAAACUAAGAAGCUUAUUACAAAGACUAUUUAUUAGUCAUUCAUAAGAAGUAUUUAAUUUAUUAUUAAAAUUAAAGAGUUUAAUUAUGUAAUGAUAAUUUAAAAGAAGAUGAUAGUUGUUCUAAUGCGAAUAUUGCUGAUUUAUCUGUGUCUGAUCAUACCAAUUACAUGGGUUAUGAUAUGACAAUAGAAUUACUCACUUGUUAGUGA